UCUGUGCUUUUAGAGUUCUUCUACCCAACGUAGAAAUUACAUUGACAGCAGACACCAUCACUGGUCAUUGCCACAUUUGGGGGACUGGACUGGGAGAAAAUAACCCUUGCAACUCUCCAUGUGUUCAGAGAGAGCGCUGGUGGGAGAUAGGAGAGUGCCAAGGACCACGGAAAACACCCCAGGGUCCAGGUGCACCACUACAGAAACCAGUGACUGUAUUUUUCUACUGCCUUUGUGGAGUUGGCAUGCUGUCAGCAGAUUAAUUGCCAUCAAUAAAUUCCUUAACUUGUGCUAACGUUUUGCAGGUAAAUGCCUGUGAAGUUAAAUUUUGGCAGUGGUUUGCAAAAACACUGUGGCUGUUAACUAGGAAGUAACUCACAUGUGCAUAUUUCUGUGGACUUGCUUUUUGACAGUUGUAUAGAGGCAUGCUUGGCCUUGCUGUUUUAUAGGAUAUUAGAAUGUGAAGACCAGAAGGGAUUUUAGAGGUCAUUUUAUUCCUCAGAAACUUGAAACAUGGGAUUGGAAGUGUGCUCCUGGUUGUUGAGUUUAAUUAGUGACAGGGCUGGAACAAAAGUCCAGGUUUUCUGCUUUCUACAGUUUAAAGCAGAAAAGAAAUGGAGAAAGGGAAGCUGGUGCAGGCUUUGCAGGACUAGGUGAGUGGCCUUUGGGGAAGCCCCUGUACCUCUCUGGUUUUAGCAUCCUUAUGUGAAAAAUGAGGAGGUUCAUUACUAGGUGAUAGAUAAAGUCCCUUCCAGCUCAGAAAUUCCAGUUUUUUAAAUUACUUGCCUUGUGCUACAGUGAUUUGCUUGCCAUAAAUGGUAUGUUGUAUGUCUGAUGUAACUGAUUAUGUGGAGCCUGCCCAUCUGCUUGUAUGUGUUUCAGAAUUUUUGUUUGGAGGAAUGCUGAUCUCUGGAAAGUUUUGUCUUGUUGGUCUAGGUGAGCAAUAUGUGCUUUAACUAAAAUCUUCAGCUAUGGUUGGUUUUCAAGUAAUUAAUUCCACCUCUACAUAAAAACUUUAUUAAUUUUUUUCUGUCUACUCUAUAUUCUUUCUCUUGCUUCUGUUGGCCAGCCCCAGCCUUUUAAGGAUUCUUACCAAUAGUUUUCUGAUUAUUCGUAAGUGACUUCCCAAAGCAAGCACCAACAUAUAAAGUGAAUUUGAGCACAGAGUGAAAUGUUUAAUCUGCCGUAAUUUGGGAGAACCCGGUCAUCAAAAUGCACUUGUCAUCAGGAUUGAAGGAAGGGAAAAUGAACAGAAAUUACAUAAUAACAAGAUGAAUCUAAGGAAAGCUUUGAAGAGUAACCCCUCCCUCAUUAAAGAAAUAAGAACAGUCUUGGAGCAGAGCUUGGUGGAGAAACUGGAAACCUUGGGAAUUAAUGCAGAUAUACGCGGUAUUCCAAGUGAUCACUUGAGUAGAGUGCUGAGAACUGUGGAAUCAGCAAGACACGAGCGAGAACGACAAAUACCUAACAUUCAGCAGAUUCGAGAAUUACUAGAACAUCAGCUCAGCUGUAAAAUGGAGGAGAGAGCAUUACUCUCUUCAGAUAAGUUCAGUGUUUCUCAGAUGGAUACUCUUUCAACUGGAGAAGUACCCAAAGCGAUACAACUUCCUCGCAAGAGCAGACAAUUGAUUAGACAAAGACCUGUCUUUACUGAUAGGACAUCUGUUCCAAAAAUUAAGAAAAAUAUCACAGAAGAUCAUUUUCCCAGAAAGUCUUCAAGUAUUACGACCCCUCCCUUCAGUUCAGAGGAGGAGCCGGACGAGGACAACCUCAUCCGGGUAUACGCGUCCCCAGACCUGGUCCCCGCACACUCCUCUAAAAGCAACAAGAGCAGCUUUGGGAAGAGCGCCCUCAAAAGUGACAUGGACUGGACAGAGGGAAGUGAAGUGGAGGACUCCUCGGAUGUUUCUCCCAAGCCCACAGGAACCUCCAUAAAAACACGAACUGAAAAAGUUGAAAAGAUGGUUUCACAUCACAGAAAUGUGAAUAAACCAGUUGGUGGGAUUAAUGUUGCUGAGAUGUUUAUCAAAAAGGAAGAAUUACAGGAAGAACAAAAGCACACAGAUGUGGAUGAUGAUGACUGGGACAUAUCAUCCUUGGAGGAAGAAAAAUCUUUGGGGAAAAAAACUGGGAAAGAACAGAGAGAACCUCUACUUGUGAAGAAUGAAUCAAAAUCUAUACAAGUGCCAAGUGCCUGGGGCACAUUUAAUCCUAAAGGGCCAAAGGGAGAAGGACUUCAAGAAAACGAAUCAAACACAUUGAAAAGCAGCUUAGUAACUGUGACUGAUUGGAGUGACUCUUCAGAUAUAUAAUUCCACUCAUCAGAAGAUUCUUCCAGAAGCCAGCAGUAUUUCAGUAACCUGCCUACAUGGUUCUCAUGCUCCUGCCUUACAGUAUUUCUUACAACAACAAGGAAGCUGAUUCAAAGAAUAAGGGUCUCUUUAAAGGCACCUCCUACAGUAUUGAAAAACAAAUUGUUAACAGUAUUUUGAAAUAUGUAAAGGUGAUUAAGACUCCUGCUGCUUAAAAAUAACAUGUCAUGGAAGUCAUAAAAAGUUUUCUCUUCAGAAUGGUACUCUAGUGUUAAGUGUAUUUUUUUCAACUAAUUUUUAAGUGAAUUUUUUUCUUAAGCAGGUUUUGGUUUGAAUUACUAGAACUUUUUUUUUUAUGUCUUCCUUGUGCAUAUUGUCACAUUGGAAAUGUUUAUACUAUAAAAGUCUGUUAGUAUCCUUAAAAUUGAAUUAGUGGAAUCAGUGAAAUCUUAAAAGUUAGACUGGUUAUUUUUCAAUAGAAGUAAGUUUAGAAUUAUAACAAUAUAGCUAGACCCGUGUUAAAUAGAAUUUCCUGAAGUACUUUGUCAAUUUCAGCUUUGAGCCACUGUAAUUAAGCAUGUUCCUAUUAAAGUUAUUUUCUGCAGCUGUAAUCUUUAUCUUGGAUAUUUUAUGAAUAAAGUGUAGCUAUUUUAAGUGCCAAUUAAGACUAUCAGGAUAUGAAUAGAGAAGAUCGAGUCAUUACUGAAUUCAUACAUGUAUGUUGUUUUUUAAAACUUUUUUUUAAUGCCCAAGCUGUAUUAUGAAAUACCUCAAAACUAAUUUAGUUAUAUUCUUGAACAAUGAGAUUGUCAAAGGUCAGAAAAUUCUUAUAAUCUGUUUUUUGCAUUUUUUAUAUUUUGUGGUACCAUGUGUACUGUUCCCCCAAAAAGUAACAUUUUAACUAAAUGGUUUGUUGGGUUGUAGAUCGCUCUUCCUUUUGUCAACCUUUCCAGUAAAGCCUCCACUGCAUCA